AUGCGCCUUCUCAACACUCACACUCUCGUCCUCGAGAAAUUCAACGGCGCAGAAGAAAACAUACCCCCCUACGCAAUCCUAUCGCAUACAUGGGACGACACUGAAACCACAUUUGAGGACUUGUGCGCCACACCAACUGAGCGUCUUCAUCAUCUGCCACGGUUCCAAAAGGUCAAACAGAGCUGUGUCCAAGCCAGAUGCGACGGCUACAAAUACAUAUGGAUCGAUACAUGCUGCAUUGACAAAGGGAGCAGUGCAGAGCUCUCCGAGGCAAUCAACUCCAUGUUCAAAUGGUAUCAGCAGUCUUCAAUUUGUUACGCCUACCUCAAAGAUUUCGAAAUACCAGGAGGACAGUCACUGGAAGCCCAAAGACACGCGCAAGUCACACUACUUAUUGGAAACAAAGACUUUUGCUCAUCACGCUGGUUUGACCGUGGCUGGACUCUCCAGGAGCUGAUAGCCCCGAGACAUGUCGUCUUUUUUGACAAGAAUUGGAUUGGAUUUGGGUCCAGAGAUGAGACUCUCUUCACCGCCAUAUGCGAUCGCACCAGAAUAUUACCUCAGGUCUUUACUAGUCGGCAUUGUAUGUGCUCAUCGGCUUCGACUUCGGGCGCACUGUCGGUAUUGCGGAGUGGGAAGUGCAAGGGGUGCAAUGCCAGAGACAAUCUUCCCGAUAUCCUGGGGUCGCUCAAUGCCGCCAUCAUCAUGAACUGGGCGACAAACCGGUCCACUACACGAGUUGAGGACAUGUCUUACUCACUGAUUGGAUUGUUCAACGUCAACCUACCAUUACUCUACGGCGAAGGAGACAAGGCCUUCAUGAGGCUUCAAGCAGCCAUUUUGGCACGGAAUAACGAUCACUCCCUUUUGCUUUGGAGGGAAAAGCCAGAAAGGGACGAAGCAACAUUUAGUCGCCCCGGCUGCCUCUCGAGAUCUCCCAAAGGAUUCGAGGUUGCCGCCCCUAUUGUGCCUCAACGAGAGUAUUACGAUUUCGAUAAUGAAAUGGUUCCGAGGCUCGCAGUCGGGCUGGCUGACAACAUGGAACCGAUCGAGCUGUCAGAAACUGUGUUGAAGUUGACCCUUUGGUUGUGUCCAUGCAAAGUGGGCUAUCCGUUUGGCGAUCGUUCUAACGUGGAGUUUGACGUCCAAAAAGACUGGGCGUUGGGGAUUUUAAAUUGUCAUAGUGCUUCAGAUUAUCUCGUUCGACCAGCCAUUCUCGUCUCCCAUAUGGGUGCCGACUUGUAUCGUCGAAUAGCCUGCGACUCAAUCUUCUUGGUAAAUCCUCGCAGGGUGAACGGGAAUCCUGCUGCCAUAACCCUUUCGGUUUAUAAUCGAACCCCGAACAUGGAGGACCCCGAUUCGAGCUGGACGGCCAUCCAUCAGGUCGCCAUGAAUGAGUGCGAGCAAAAACGCGUCAAGCUACUCGUGCGUCCUAGCGGUCCCAGUCUUCUUCGGUCUUCUCCCAGGGGGAUAGAUCAUACGGCUUCGUCAAUCGACGCCGUUUGCUGUGUGGUUAACCAGCCGCCUCGUUGCAGGUAUAGCGUCACUGUUAGUGUAAUAGGAGGGUAUCCGAGAAUAUAUUCUCAUGAUUCCUCUCCAUCCACUGUACCAAUGCUUCGAAGCUUUGUCAAAUACAGCUGCAACCGGGGGUUUGGUCUAAUAGGCGGUGUUCAUCUAUUCGAGCUUAGUUUGUCCACCCUGACAUCUAAGGUCAUGAUGUACAUCAUCUGGGGUCUAUAUCACGACGAACCAGGCCGGCACCGCCAUGCUCAGCAAAACAAUGUUGGAGUGCCUUGGUGUCGAAUUCUGCGGGCAUCUCAUUUCGCGAAAGACGCGGGUGUCCCUAUCCUCGAACGGGGAGUAGACGAUCUCCGGUACCAGAAGCAACUUCACGCGUGGCUGGUGAAACGAAGCGCGGAUCCGUUUUGGAAUGUUGAUGAUACCGCUGGCGUUCGGAAACAAGUAAUACCUGAUCUCAGUUGUGACAGGCAGUCUGGAGGCGACAGAAUCUUGGACCUGUUUCCGGAUGCAAAGAUGCGCCUGGGCUUGAGUGCCCGCAUGAAUAUUGUGCAUGGCUUGGGCGUUACAUCAAAUGAUAUUGAGCUGAGCUUUCUGACACCUGAUUGCAGAGGUUGGCAAAAGCAGAUGUUUGACGGCAGCCCGAGGGACCAAGAACCGGCAUAG